UUUUAUUCUGUUUAUAUUGAUCUUGUUGGGAAAUAUUAUUCUAUAAAUUAAAGUGAAAAUCCUUUCAAAAUGAGUGCAAAAAAGUAUAAUAUAGCAAAACGAGAGGAUGCUAAAAAAGAAGAAACAGAAGAUAAGUUAUGGAUAUCAUUAAAAAGACAUAUAAUGAGAGAAAGGGAAAGAAAAAAGCAACGAGAACUGGAAACAGCAAAAGAGGAGCAAUUAAGGAAUGAACGCGAAGCCCGCAAGAAACAGGAUAACAUUAAAACUUUGGGAAAGACUCAAGAAGAGAUACAGCAAGUUGAAGAACAAAUGAUACAGUUGAAAAAUAAAAAGCAUCAAUUAUUUCUGCAGUUAAAGGCACUAAUUACUAAGGAAGUUGAAAUGGAAAAGCUCCGAAAAGAAUCAGAAAUUGUAAAUGUUAGAAAUGAUGUUGGACUUGCUUAUCAACCAUACAGCAGCAAUGACAAAGGAGGUGUUAAACGUCCCCACUCACCAGUUAAUCAAGCUGACUAUUACAAACAUGGUGGACAAACCCAAAGAUACUUGCCGCCAAAAACUGAUUCGGGUAUAACUGGAAAUCGCUUAUGGUACAAUCCCGCAAAAUAUGCUCAAUCACAAACACAUCAAGGAUGGCCAAUAUCUAAUGUACCGAACAGAGGAUAUAUUCAACAAACUGUUCCAUCACAUCCAAUAUUAAUCCCUCAUAAUGAUCCGACGCCACAGCUAGUUAAGCAGCAAACUUCAUCGCAACAAUCUAAAACGAACUCGAUUUCGAUUGAGAAAAUUCCUACACCUCAACAAGAUUUUGCUCUUCACAGACGCUUGUUAUCGUCGGCAGUACCGCCAUCUACACAAGCUCCUACCCAAACAUUUUUUACAGCAUCGGGACAAAUUGUUUAUCCAGAAUACAUAACACAAAAUCGUGACUUUCCAAACAAGUAAAAACAAUUCAGUAAUGUAGACUUUUAGUAUUUUUCCG